AUGAUAGUUAUGUGGCUACUUUCUCCAAUUUCUGAGUGCAACACCCCUUUGCAAUUGGCAGCGAGCAAGAUAUUUGAAAAAAGAAUGAUGAGUUCUGGGCUAAUGAUGAACACAAUUUUCUGCUGGAUAAUAGAUUACGCCAUAGAGGGUGUGAUUGUGCUCCUGAGUUCAGCAUCCAUGAAUUUAUUAACGGUUGUUUUUUAUGCUUUUAUUGCUCAUUCCGGUAGCUGUUUGGAUCAGCUCAUGCCCUGUGAACACAAUCCCUUGCUACCCUGUUCUUCUUGUUCAUGCCAAAAGAUAUUUACACGUUACACGUGUAUGAUUCUUCCGGAAACACCUAAACCGGUGGAGGCAUUUAUGUUUUUGACAGCGUGUCGGGUUUAGGAUAUGGUACUCGCUGUGGUGCAUUCUUCAGUUCACCACAACACAACAUCGUACUAUAGUGUAUCUGCCAAUGGAAAGCCUCCCAGAACUGGAGAGUGUGAUGGAAGAACCACUUCUGAGCAAGAACAGGACUAAUGCCAAGGGUGGCUUCAGAACCUUACCUUUCAUUAUAGCUAUUCAGGCAUUUGAUAGACUGGCUAGUCUUGCAUUGAUGCCUAACAUGAUAUUGUACUUGACUAGAGAGUUUGGAAUGGAAACUGCAGGAGCCACUAAUUUUCUCUUACUCUGGUCUGCUGCCACCAAUUUCACUCCCUUCAUUGCUGCUCUCCUUGCAGAUUCCUAUGUGGGUCGUUAUCCAGUUAUUGCUUUUGGAUCCAUUGCUAGCCUACUGGGAAUGGUUCUUCUGUGGUUAACAACUAUGAUUCCAUUGUCAAAGCCAGUUUGUGACCAAUUUGCCAAGGGCUGCAAUAACUCCCCUACAACAAUUCAACUUUUGAUCUUGCAUUCUUCUUUUGCCCUCAUGUCCAUUGGAGGUGGAGGCAUAAGAUCAUCCUCCUUGGCCUUUGGUGUUGAUCAGUUGAGUAUGAGGUACGAAGAUGCGGGAAUCCAAGAGAGUUACUUCAGCUGGAGCUAUGCAUCUGUCACAGUAGCAUCAAUGCUUGGUUUAACUGUUUUUGUCUAUAUUCAAGAAAACAUGGGGUGGACAGUGGGGUUUGGAAUACCUGUUAUCCUAAUGUUUAUAGCCACUCUAGCAUUUUUCUUAGCUUCGCCAUUUUAUGUAAUGCUGAAAGUUGAAAGAAACAUGCUAAGUGGGUUAGUUCAAGUCCUUGUAGCCUCUUACAGAAAUAGACUUAUGGAGUUACCCCUGGAGGACGAGAAUGGUAUUGGUAUCUACCACCAUGAGAAGGAUUCUGAUCUCCUAAAGCCAACUGAAAAAUUAAGGUUUCUCAACAAAGCAUGCAUGAUUAGAAAUCCAUUACAAGAUCUAGCACCAGACGGAAAGGCUUUGAAUCCAUGGAAUCUUUGCACAGUAGACCAAGUGGAAGAACUCAAGGCAAUUGUCAAAAUAGUCCCAAUUUGGACAACAGGAAUCAUGAUGGCAGUGAACCUCAGUCAAGGUACUUUUAUGGUACUAGAGGCAGCCUCCAUGGACCGCCACAUUACUUCAAACUUCCAAGUUCCUUCGGGCUCCUUUGUGACAUUUAUGAUUGUAUCUUUGAUACUAUGGAUUAUAAUCUAUGACCGCAUUUUAGUUCCUUUGGCAUCAAAGAUAAAAGGGCGCCGCGUAUGCUUGGGAGCUAAACAAAAAAUAGGAGUUGGUAUUUUUACUAGUUGCAUAGCAAUUGCAUCACUGGCAAUUGUAGAGAGUAUUAGACGCAAAAUUGCAAUUGAGCAAGGCUAUCCAGAGCAACCACAAGCUGUGGUGAACAUGUCUGCUAUGUGGCUCUUGCCACGCCAAAUCCUUGAUGGAUUGGCUGAGGGUUCAUGUUUAAUUGGACAAAAUGAAUUUUUUCUUACUGAGCUACCUCCAUCUAUGUCUAGCCUAGCAUCCACUCUUAGUAGCCUUGGGUUCUCUGUUGCAAAUUUGGUAGCAAGUUUCAUUCUGAGCAUUGUUGACACUGUUACUGGAGGCGGAGGAAAUGUAAGUUGGAUUUCAAGCAACAUUAACAAGGGUCAUUAUGACUACUAUUAUGCUUUUAUUGGAGCUUUGAGCUUUGUAAACUUUUUAUAUUUUCUUUACUGUAGUAAAUCUUAUGGUCCUUGUAAAGGUAGAGGAAAUAAAAAUUUAGAAGAGUGCAGAAAAUGAUUAUACCUGGUUGGGAUUGGUAGCGGACUUGUACUAUUGAUGCUAGGAAAUGAACAUUUGUUUCAUGUGUUGGUGGUAUUGUAAAUGAACAUUCAUCACUUGCUUCUAGUAAUUUUUUCAAUUUUAAUGAUGAAUUAGCGUUUCUG